AUGGCGGCCGGGCCGGGGCCGUGGCUGCUGGCCUUGGCCUUGGCCUUGUGGCCCGCAGGGCUCCGCGCACAGCCGAGGCUGCAGGAGGCCGGCGGAGCGCUGCGAGCGGCCGGGGACUCCGUCACCCUCUCCUGCCGUGGCUCCGGAUUCACCUUUGAGAAUCAUUAUGUUCGGUGGUACCGUCAGGCACCCGGAGGCAGAUUGGAAUGGGUGUCCUGGAUAAGCCAUUACUCAUCACAGAUUCAGUUUGGGUCAGCAGUGGAAGGUCGAGCCACGGCUUCCAGGGACAAUUCCCACUCUGUGGCAUCUCUCAGCCUGCACCUCCUCCAUGCCGGGGACUGUGCCCGCUACUUCUGUGCUGUUCCGGAGGAAAUGGGGAUGUGUGUUACUGCUGCUCUUGUCUUUGGGAACGGAACUCAACUGACCGUGGAGCCAAACAUGCCAAGCACUUCUGACCCUCAAGUCAUUGUGAUGACAUCAAAGAAAUCGGGAGAAGGUGGCAGCACUGGGAAAGCCGCUUGUUUGGCAAGGAACUUCCGUACAAAGAACAUCAGCUUGGAGAUGCCCUCUGAGGAGGUCUUAUAUGAACAGAGCACAUCCAUUUUGACAUCAGAGGGGUUGUACAAUGCAAUCAAAGUGGUCAAUGUGACAAAAGACACAGAGCUGACCUGCACGGCCAAAUUCGACAACAGCACGAUAACAUCAGUGCCAGCUACAGAAGAGGAGGCUGAAGAACCAGUACCAGAGCCCAGUGACAGGGUUUGCAACAGCACAGACCCCUCAGCACAAGAUGCUGAAGGGCACAGAGUGAACAUGCUGUCCAUGGCUGUGUUGGCUUUGAGAGUCCUGCUGGCAAAGAGCAUCGCCGUCAAUACCCUCAUGAGUAUCAAGUUGUUUCUUUUCUGAGGUAAGCGAGCACACAGCUACCAAACAGUGCUUCAUAGACCCAAUUGCAUUAAAUGAGGUUUAAUCCCAUGUUUGCUCUUCCAGAGAUGAGGAAUGAAGGCAAGAGGACACCAAAGAAGAGCAGGA